AUGGAUUGCGUUAUUUGUGCUUCAGUUCCUCACAUUUUUAGGCCUCCGAGGAAUACAAUAUGUGGGACAUGCUAUGAGGGAGCAAGGAAAAUUCUCAACACCCUUGAAGAGCAAAUGAAAGAAAACGACAACACAAAUCUGCACCAGUCACUCAUGAAUGUCUGGAGACGCCUGUCUGCUAUAACAGAUGCUAUAGACGACCAGAAUGAGAGGACAAAGUUCCUCAGUACUGGGCCUGCACUUGCACUUAAAGAGCAAAUUCACCCAGAUAUAUUCGUCAAGCCAGGCAGUAAUGGGCCUUCCAUACCAGCCCAUAAAGCCAUAUUGGCAAUAAGAUCAGAAGUCUUGAAAAACAUGCUAGACUCAGAUAGCUGCAAAGCACCAGCAAACGACACCAUUACGCUGUCGGAAUUGAGCUACGAAGAGCUUAAAUCUCUUCUUGAGUUCCUCUACAGCGGGAGUUUACCCGAAGAGAAGAUGAAAAAACAUGUGUACGCUUUGUCACUUGCAGCCGACAAGUACAACAUCCCGUACUUGCAGAAGAUGUGCGAGCGCCACAUGCUCGAUUCCUUGUCUUUGUCGAAUGCUCUCAAAAUCUUGGAGGUCUCGGACGUUUGUUCUUUCCGGCGAUUGAAAGAAACCGUCUUGAAAUUCGUAGGGAAAAACAUGAGAGAGAUUAUAUUUUCUCCUGCCUAUGAUGCCUUUGCUCUUAAGAACCCGCAUUUAGGCGUGGAGAUUACUAGGGCCUUGUUAAAUAAGGACGCCAAAAAUGCUGGAGAUCGCUUUCUUGAAGAGGCUGAAAAUUCAGAUGCAGAGUGA